UUACACUUUGAUUACGGCUUCCUGGGCCACUGACGCGCCGGUUGGAAGUGGGUCAGCUCAGCAUUAGUGGGUGUGAAGGUUGUAGUCUGGAUGCUGGUUCAAUAAUCAGGCUGGCUGUCUGUAGCGCAUGGUUAGCUUUGUCUCAUUCAGACCUCGGAGCUGAUCCUACCAUCCAGUCAGUGCUCCUGCUUUCCCUUCACAUUAACCUCCUGUCCUCAUAUACCAACCUGGAGCCUCUCCAUCUGGAUAACAUGGCCGAGGCCCUGGCAUCCAGCUCCACUGAGGAUGGUCAGAUCACACAGUGGAAAUUUUCCAGCCGACACAGCAGGAAGUCUGGCCGCUCCAACAUCUUCACAGGGGUGAACCUUCAUCAGCUGCAAAGGCUGUUCAGAACAGCAGGAGACAGAAACGCUGAACAUCGGGCGAAGCUAGUGUGGCGAGGAAUGGAUGCAGAUCUGGAGGGAGCAGAGGAGGAAAAGGAGGAGAGUGGGAUGGAGAGAGAGGAUGAAGCAGGGCUGGCUCAGGCAUUGGUGGGGCUCAGAGUCCGAGCGAGAAAUAAGGCAGGAAUCAGAGUGGAGGGACACCGAGAGCACAAGUGGCUCAGAGCAUCAGGAUAUGUCAGGAUUGAGGAGCCACUGACUGGCAAAGAAGCCAACCAAGUGCCAAGUUCGGGAGAAUUUCUGCUGCCAAGUGAGGAAGGCUUCUCAGAAAACCAAAAUCCCUUCAAACCCUCAUCAUGGAGGUUAGGUGUAGCGAGGAUGGAGGGUGCCAGAGACUCUGAACGCUACCUUCACCACAUCCUUCAUUAAAAACUGAAGUCUGGAAUAACACACAGUGGUGGAAGAUGCAAGAAAAACUGAAGUCAUGAAAUAAAAGACUAAUGUUGGAUGAAAAGACAUAUUGCAGUAUCUGCUAUCAUGUAUUACACGUGUUAGACCUCAGCACAAACUACUGAAAUCUGGUAAAGCAGCUCCUUCAGCAGCUGACUGAGACAUCCACCCUGCAAGAAGGAGCCCUAUCGCAGGUCAUUCAUUCCAUGCUGUAAGACUUUACAACAUCAGCAUCACUGGCUGAUGUUAACAUAAACUGGACUUACAUCAUAUCAUCAUCUCAACCCACGGUAAAACAAAACUGCACAACAAUUUUUUUUGCACUGCUGGCAUCUUGCACUUUUAUAGUUGCAUUUAUUCCACAAGCCACUUUAUGUUGCUGUCGUUUAUAGUGUAUUAAUACUGUAUUUAUUCAUCUUCAUUCUUGUCGAUAUUGUACAUAUUAUUGUUAUUAUUCUUAUUAUUAUUAUGCAUAUGUUAGGUGCUGCUGUAACACUGGAAAUUUCCCUUGGCAUGGGGAGCAAUAAAGGAUUAUCUUAUCCUAUCUUAUCUUAAACCUGCUUGGGAGAUUAGUCCACCAAAUACUGAAGGAAUUUCAAAUGUGUAUGUGUGUAAGCAGUAGGUCAUAGAUUAACCCAGUGGAGUCCAACCAGCUGAUAGGAAUGGACUAUUUCUGAUGCACAAAGUGAGUACAGUAUUUUGUGUAUGGGCGAGCUCCCUGGAUGGUUAUCAAAAAGGACAGAAUACCAUUGAGGCCAAUUCAUGCCUUCUGCGUGUCCAAAAGGAUAUGUGUGGGAUAAACCACAUCAUCUACUCAAGUCGAGGGCUCAAAUUUGUGACCAAAUGGUGCUAAAAACAAAUCUUUUAAGAAGCUGUACAAAAACAUUUUCCAUCAUCCACAACUUUAUAUGUGAUUACUAGAGCUGUAAUUGAAGUGGCUGCUGGAGGUGCUUCGAUUUGUUAACGGUGCUCAAACACAGCAGGAAGUUCUAAGUUCUCCAGAAAUCUUGUGCUGUUUAAUCAGUAUGGUCAGCUCACCUCUGGAAAAAAUCACAUUGACACAGUGCUACAGCCCAAUCUGCAAAAAGCACGAAGUCACUACCAACCUUUCAGAAACAUCAUUUGUGUUUUCCUGUCUAAUAUAAGGAGCAAUGAGACCAUCUGGAUAAAACUUCUAGUAUGAACAGAAUCACGUGUGCGUACAUUGUCCACUUUUCAUCUGUCAUGCGGAAACUAUGAAUUGUCUUUAACAUUAAACAUUUAAAAAGCAUUUUAA